AUGCGAAAAUUGGAAUGGGACGGCAUGGAAGUGAAGGUUGAUGGUCGGCGGCUACACCAUUUGCGCUUUGCUGAUGACAUUGUACUAAUAACACCUAGCAUCAGCCAAGCGGAACGAAUGCUGGCCGAAUUCGACGAAACAUGUGGAUGCAUCGGUCUUCAGUUGAAUCUGCAAAAGACAAUUUUCAUGCGUCUCGGAUGCAGCAUUCACCCUCAACGGAACGAACAUAUCCGAAUGCACCAGCUGUAG